AUGGAAGUAUCGAACUUCAGUUAUAUAGGAAAUUUUCAGCAGUUGUUUCUAUCAGCUGUUUCGGUUUGUAUUUAUUUGAUACUGGGUGGUGUGGAAACAUGGUACGCGACUGGUUACGGUCAUAUGGGCACGUUAAUACGACAGAUUGGUAACGGUCAAUUUAGUGGAUGCUUGGGCAUUCCAACUUGCGAGAUCAUAUUCGUUGUGAAGGGAUGGGCAGCUGCAGCGGCAUUUUUGUUCCUUUGUGCGGUGCUUUUCUUGAUCGACGUGAUUGUUCAACUAAUGAAACGUGACAAGUGA